UGACCUUCUGUAGUUGCUUCUUGUAGCACUCAGGCUGGAUGACUGGGACAGCUGGGACAGGCAGGGGCAGUUUGCGCUCAGCUGUCAGACUCAAUCCUACACUGGCACUUGGGCUGUUUCCUAUCAAGCAGAAAAAGUAAGGAAAUGGAGGAGAUGAUGGACAUGCCUCUGUGUGAUGAGUAUCGUAUAUCUAGAAAAAUUUACUCUGAGACAACUUUCCAGCAGGAAAAUGAGAAGACAGAACUUGUACAAAAAAGUAUUCCUGAAAAAUUGAAAAAUGAGUGCAGGUUGAUAAUACACUGUACUGCAGCAACAGCUUGUCUAAAGCUCAAGCAGUUUUUUCCAGUCCUUAACUGGUUGCCAAAGUACCGAUUAAAAGAGUGGCUUGUUCAUGAUAUUAUCUCGGGACUAUGUACAGGACUUGUUGGCACAUUACAAGGUUUGGCAUUUGCGUUGCUUGCUGAGGUUCCAGUGGGAUAUGGACUUUAUUCCUCCUUCUUUCCCAUCUUGACCUACUUCUUCUUAGGAACAUCUAGGCACAUUGCAGUUGGACCAUUUCCAGUUAUCUGUUUAAUGGUUGGACAAGUUGUGCUUGCUCUGGCCCCUGAUGACAAAUUCAUAAUUGCCAAUUCCACAUGGAAUGAAACGCAGAUAGAUUAUGAAGCACGGGAUGCUGCAAGAGUUGUCAUAUCAAGCACUUUAUGCUUCUUAAGUGGAAUAAUACAGCUUGCACUAGGAGCACUGCAGUUUGGCUUUGUUGUCAGAUACCUGGGAGAUCCAUUAGUUCGAGGAUUUACCACAGCUGCUGCUUUCCAAGUAUUCAUCUCACAGAUCAAACUGAUUUUCAACAUACCGUCAACAAAUUACAGUGGAGUACUGUCAAUAGUUUAUACAACCAUUGAUAUCUUUGCCAACAUUAGUAAAACAAACUUUGCUGAUCUUACAGCUGGAUUGAUCACUUUAGUGUUAUGUUUGGUUGUGAAAGACUUAAAUGAGAGAUAUAAGCAUAUAAUGCGCAUUCCUAUUCCAAUUGAGGUCAUUUUGGCAAUAGUUGCUACAGGAAUUUCAUAUGGAGUUAACCUGGAGGAAACGUACAAUGCUGCCAUUGUGAAGAAUGUUCCAAGUGGCUUCAUACCACCUGUGGCUCCAGACGUCAGCCUUUUUUCACAACUGAUUGUACCGGCUUUCUCCAUUGGCAUUUUAGCAUAUGCCCUUGCUGUUUCUCUGGGAAAAGUUUAUGCUACAAAGUAUAAUUACGAGAUUGAUGGAAAUCAGGAAUUUAUUGCAUUUGGCAUCAGUAAUAUAUUCAGCGGUUGUUUCUCUUGCUUUUGUGCCUCUACCGCUCUGUCUCGGUCUGCUGUGCAAGAAAGUACUGGAGGGAAAACCCAGAUUGCUGGCUUAAUUACUGCUGCAGUAGUCAUGAUUUCAUUGCUGUCAAUUGGCACAUACCUGGAACCCCUGCAGAAGUCAGUCUUGGCUGCCAUAGUCAUAUCUAAUCUUAAGGGGAUGUUCUGGCAAGUGGUUGAUAUUCCUCGUUUAUGGAGACAGAACAAGUGGGAUACAGCUAUCUGGCUUUUCACAUGUUUCACAUCGCUGCUUUUGGAUAUUGAUUUGGGAUUAUUGGCUGGGAUAAUAUUUGGACUUUUUACUGUCCUUCUGCGCGUUCAGUAUCCAUCAUACAGUUCUCUGGGAAAUGUUCCCGGUACAGAUAUCUACAAAGAUAUGAAGAAAUACAAAAAUGUUGAUGAACCAGAAGGAAUUAAAAUAAUCAGAUUUUCCAGUGCUAUAUUCUAUGGAAAUGUUGACAGCCUGAAAGAUGGAAUUAAAUCAAUUGUUGGAUUUGAUGCUGUUAGAGUUUUUAACAAAAGAGCAAAGGCACAACGAAAGAUGCACAAACUUCUUAAGAAAAAGCAGUUAACAUCAAGUCAGAAUGGGAUUAAAGGAAACCCUGUUACUGAUGAAGAUUCAGAAUCGGACGAUGACGUGGAUAAUUAUGAUGGAACUGAAAAGAAAGAGGGCAAUGCAAAUUACUUAAAUAGCCAAGUAGACUGGAAUACCGAGUUCCCUGACUGUGUGUCUAUUCCAGUAGUUACAAUACACAGUAUCAUUUUUGAUUUUGGACAAGUAAGCUUCCUUGAUGUGGUAGCCGUGGAGUGUCUAAAGGGGAUAUUUAAAGAAUUUCAGAGGAUUGAUGUAGAUGUAUACAUAGCAGAGUAUGAUGAUAAUAUAUUUGGACAUUUGGAAAGUUGUGGUUUCUUCAAUGACGCAAUCAAGACAGACCUUUGUUUCCUAACUAUCCAUGAUGCUGUUUUGCAUAUACAGAAGCAGAAGAAGGGUGGCAGUAACCAUAAUGUACUAGACAUGAUAUCACAUUUGCAAGAGUCUAGCCAGCUAGUGGAAAUGAAAGAUUUCAAGGAACUGAGACCUACACGAUAUCUGCAAAGUCAGCAGGAAGAGUACAGAAAUAUGAUGAUACUAAAGACUGCAAACUCUCCAACCCAUACCGGAACCCAGUGAGCUAAUGGUGACUUUCACACUCACCGAGGACCAAUGUGAACUGAAAUCACUAGAACUAUAAAGAUAUUUCAUAGAGGACUUCUCACAAAUCUGAAAGUGAGCUCCAGUUAUGAAUAAUCAAGGAUGAGAACGUGAAGUUAACUUCAGAUGGACUUACUGCAAUUCCAUAAUAUUUCUGGUUGUUUUGUUUCAUCCUAUCUAGAAAUUAGCUUUUGCUAACUUUAUUUUCACUGGGGGAUUUUUGCCACCCUGGAUCCUUAUCCUAAAGCACUGACAUUUCAGUUUUCCAUUAUUUAGAAUUUUAUACCUCUCCAGCAGAAAUAAUGUUUUCUUUACUGCCAGCAAACCACUCCACCCUGCUAAUGCACGGUAAAAGAAACUCGACGAAUAUUCAAAAACAGUACAGGAGACUAGCUGCCACCUGAAAGGCUAAAAGUGCUGGUGGCUCAAGUCUCAACCAUGCUGCUCUCCACAAGAAUGUGAAAUUCCAGAGUGGUCACCUAGUGCAGGAUCUAUUGCUAGACAGUAGACCUGAUAAAAUCAACACAUGCACUCAUUAUUUAUUAGGGAGUCUGAAUAAUUACAGUAUAAUGGAGGGGGCUUCAGUUUUCACUUGCAUUUGCCACCAGAUAUAAUUCACUAAAUAAAAUGUAAAGUUUUAAUUAAUCUAUAACAUAUUUUUUCAAUAUUUUCAGCAUCCAGGACUAAAAACUAAAAACACAGUAGGAGAAGCUGAGCAGAUUGAUAUAUAGUUUUCCUGCUCAUUGUGGGCUUUGAAAUUAAGGAGGCGGUCCUGUCAGUGACUGACAGCAUUCCCUGGAGGACUGAGUGUACAGAGAUAGUCAUCAAUCAUUGAUAGGCCCUCCUCCUUGAUUUAAGGUUCCUUUUAAUAUGGGUGAAAUACUGUAUAUAACCCAAGGCUGCACAAUUUUUUUGCUUUACUGCAUACUUAUACCAGCAGAUCCUGCAGCAAACACUGUAAUUUACAUAGUUAAAACUAAGUCCAAUAAUAAAUGAUAUGGUGGCACUGUUUUGUCAUUAGAGUAGUAUUUUACUUAUUGAUUUUAAGGGGAAUUAGCAGAAGUUGCCUAUUGAUUAUCUAUCCUUAGGACAGGUCAUUAAUACCUGAUUGGUCCAACUCUGUUUGAAGAGGCCACGGUGCUCCAGUGACUGUUGCGGCCUCUCCCUAGGCCAGUGAAGUGACGUUCAUUGGUAACUGGCCUAUUUGCAGCUCAGUUCCUUUUUAAGUGAAUGAGUUUGGGCUGCAAUACCAAGCACAGCCACUAUACAAUGUACAGCGCUGUGCUUGGUAUGCUAUAAGGACACUAUAGUGCUCACCAGAGCAAUGUGGCCUCCUCAAACAGCUGAUUGGUGGGGGUAAGGGUGUUGGACACCCACAGACCAUCAAUAUUGAACUUCUGAAAAACCCUUUUAAUGUUAGAUUUAUGUUCAUUGAAUCGUAUUAUAUGUAUUAUGCAAUAAAUUGUCAAGUAAACACUUAGGGGGCAAUUUAUCAAAACCAGCACUUUCAGCGCUGGUCUUGAUAUCCCCUGUGCUGCCGGAGGAUGCCUCUAAUUUAUGACGAGGUGUACGCCUCAUCAUAAAUUAGGUGCAUCUUCUGCAGUCCAUGCGACUAAACAGAAAUCUGUGACAGCUCAGCACUUCCGUAGAUUUCUGGCUUCAUUUGCACCAGAAAACUAAUUAAGAUAAAUUUUCUAGGGUGGCUGACCAUGCCCCCUUCCUGCCCUUACCACUCCCCCUUUCGGAGAGAUCCAACAAUUUUUUUAAAGUUGCAGUUUGCAAUUUUUUAACGCCACUUUUCAGGCACAAUGGGAGACGAUAAAUCUCCCCUGUAAUGUGUAGUAUUAAGGUAGAGAAUGAUUAGGCUAAUAUGCAAGAAUAUGCUGUUUAUAAGCAUGUUCUGUUAGGAGUAGCAUUAUGUACAUGUCAUAAUAUGUACAGGUGCAGAUCUCAAUAAAUGACAAUAUCAUCGAAAAGUUACCAUAUUUUUCGCCACAUAAGACGCACCCCACCCCCUCCCC